AUGUCCAGCCGUUGUGGAUCAACAGGGCCUGGAAACUGCUCGUCCGUUUAUGCCGUCGUAUCCCCAGGCUGGGACGCGAGUUCCAGUGAUGCGAUCUGGAUUAUUGAAUCUACCAUCACCAUCUUCGCCAUGCUCAUGGAGGCAGUUGUUGGCGAAUCGCUGGAACAGAGGGCGUCUUGGAGCUACCCUUGGAACAGCCCAAUGAAUGGAUCGAACAUCAGUGAAGUUUGGUCGGUGGAGAACAGCACGUUACUCCCCGAAAUCACCGACCCACAAUCCGACUCAAUAUGGAUACUCUCCUCUACCUUUAUCAUAUUUACUAUGCAAUCUGGGUUUGGACUACUGGAAAGCGGGUCUGUGUCUAUGAAGAACGAGGUGAAUAUUAUGGUGAAGAAUGCAGUAGAUGUGAUUUUCGGAGGACUGACGUACUGGAUGUUUGGCUACGGUCUCAGCUUUGGGAGAGAACCUUACGUGAACAAAUUCUGCGGCUGGGGGGAUUUCUUCGUGAACUCACAUGAUACGGAGGAAAAAAUAGGAUGGAUUUAUUCCAAAUUCUUCUUCCAAGCGUCCUUUGCCACAACAGCUACCACAAUAGUUUCCGGUGGGAUGGCGGAAAGAACGAAACUCGAGUCCUACAUUUUCUUCUCUAUGUUCAACACGUUUGUCUUCUGUUUUCCUGCUCACUGGAUGUGGGGGACGAAAGGCUGGCUACAGGACAUGGGCGCUGUCGACAUUGCCGGCGCUGGACCAGUCCAUUUAGUCGGAGGAGUGACAGCGUUUGUAGCAACGUUGAUGUUAAAACCCCGACACAACAGAUACAAGUCCAAAAAUCCUCCAGAAAUGGGUUCUCCAACGAACGCUAUUUUGGGAAUGUUCAUGCUAUGGUGGGGAUGGCUUGGGUUCAAUUGUGGCAGCACGUUUGGAAUAUCCGGUCAGAAGUGGAAACUCGCCGCCAGAUCCGCUGUCUCCACGCUAUGUGCAUCCAUGGGCGGUGGUUUUGUAGGCAUUCUCCUCAGCUACAUUCUGAAGAAGCGCAGAUUUGAUGUGGCCUAUAUGAUUAAUGGCGUACUGGGGUCUUUGGUCGGCAUCACGGCUUUCUGUGCGCUUGCGCAGCCGUGGGAGGGAAUAGUAAUCGGAUCAAUCGGAGCACUCAUCACAAACAUUGGGGUGGAACUGUUGGAUAGGAUGAAAGUGGAUGAUCCAGUUGGUUGCGUAGGUACUCACGCUUUGUCCGGAAUGUGGAGUCUCUUGGCUGUGGGACUUUUCGCUAGAAAAGAUAUGUUAGGAGAGGCCUUAGCCAUCAGCACCGAACACGCUGGAUUGUUUCAGGGAGGUGGGUUUUACUUGCUGGGUGUGCAGGCCCUAACGGUGGUUAGCCUGACUGGCUGGACCCUGGUCACAUCUUUCGUCAUUCUGAAGCUAAUUGAUCUCACCCUUGGGCUGAGGAUCCCUUUACACCAGGAACUGCUGGGGGCCGAUAUCGUGGAACACGGCAUUGGGGAGGGCAUUUACGACCGAUCCACCGGGCGCUUGAUCAAGCUCACCGACGAUGGUGAAGAGGAAGAGAUGAUGGUAAACAGGUUCUUGGGGUCACGGCGGAGGAGAAUGUCACUAGGGAAGAGGCAGAGCCGAAAACGGUGCCAGUUCCCAACGGAUGAUGAGGACAUAGAAGACGGCGAUGUGCAACAUGAGGAUGCCAUCAACGGAAACGCGUCGCCAAGCUAUUCUCCAUCCAAACUGAAACAUACUGUGUCCUGUUGUGACUGUUUUUUCGCCAACUUAUGCCGAGAAAGUCGAGUAUCUCUUCCCUUCAGGACUUCAAAAAAUAGUACAAAGCAUUCCAAAAGCGCGGAACGGCGUUCCGAGGAUAUUAGCACUAUCCAUUCACCUUCAACAUUGAAGGAACUCAAAAGGACGGAAUACUUGCAAGUUAAGUAUGGCAUGGAAAACAGUUCCACAAAUGGACAUAUCAGUAAUGGAUAUGCCAAUGUCGGCUACGGUUUUAGCAGAGAACCAUCGACCGAAUUCCAUAUAAACAUAGAACAGCCGUCAAAUGGAUCUGACCAUGUGUCACAUUCAAAAUGCCCUGAUGUGACCCCAGAUUUUGAAAUGACCUGUACAGAACCAGCUGCACAGAACCAGCUGUACAGAACCAGCUGCACAGAACCAGCUGUACAGAACCAGCUGUACAGAACCAGCUGUACAGAACCAGCUGCACAGAACGGAUGGGAGGCAGCAGGUUUGGCGGCGGACUGA